AUUGAUGCUAAUGUACUUGGAUUUCAUUGACGGCCAUGGACGUCCAAAUUUUUUCCCAUUCAUUUUCAAUGGGUAAAAAAAAAAAAAAUGUCCCCAAAUCAACAGGAAAUGACCAGAUAUCAAAAGGACGUGUCCCCCAGAUGUCGCCGAAUCCAUUGACGCUUAUGGAGGGUGCUGCCAUUGACAUCCAUGGACGUCCAAAUUGUCUCCCAUUCAUUUUCAAUGGGUAAAAAAAAAAGAUGUCCCCAAAUCAACAGGAAAUGACCAGAUAUUAAUAGGACGUGUCCCCCCAAUUGUCCCCGAAUCCAUGGACGUCCAAACUUCCCAUUCAUUUCCAAUGGCAUUUAAUCAUGUUUUUUUAUUCUAUUGAUGCUAAUGUACUUGGAUUCCAUUGACGCCUAUGUAAAUCGAUACCAAUGAUGUCCAUGGACGUCCAAAAUUUUUCCCAUUCAUUUUCAAAGGCAAAAAAAAAAAAUGUCCCUAGAUCAACAGGAAAUGACCAGAUAUCAGUACGACAUGUCCCACAAAUGUCCCCGAUUCCAUUGACGCUUAUGGAGGGUGCUGCCAUUGACAUCCAUGGAUGUCUAUAUUUUUUCCCAUUCAUUUUCAAUGGGUAAAAAAAAAAGUCCCAAAUCAACAGGGAAUGACCAGAUAUUAAUAGGACGUGUCCCCCCAAUUGUCGCCGAAUUCAUGGACGUCCAAACUUUCCAUUCAUUUCCAAUGGCAUUUAAUCAUGUUUUUUCAUUCUAUUGAUGCUAAUGUACUUGGAUUCCAUUGACGUCCAAAAAUGUUCCCAUUCAUUUUCAAAGGCAAAAAAAAACAAUUUCCCCAGAUCAACAGGAAAUGACCAGAUAUCAAUACGACAUGUCCCACAAAUGUCCCCGAUUCCAUUGAUGCAUAUGGAAGGUGCUGCCAUAGACGUCCAAAUUUUUUCCCAUUCAUUUUGAAUGGCAAAAAAAAAUGUCCCCAAAUCAACAGGAACUCACCUGAUACUGUCCCCGAAAUGUCACCAAGCCAACCUGGGCGGGGUUAAGAUCUGUAUCACCACAGAGCAAAGACCCAGUCUUUAGUAAUUUCUCCAGAGUAAUUUCUCCAGAAAUUGCAAUUUCUAGUUAUUAUUAGUUGUUGCAGCCUUUUUAAGAAGCUAGUUUAAACAGAUGUUUGAAAAUUGGCAAAAAUGUGAAUUGUUUCCAGUAAAAGCAGAUUUUCAUGUCCUACUUUGACUUAACAAAAAUAUAAAGAAAUCUGAUAAUGGAGUACUUAAAUAGCACAUUUAUCUACAUUGUUAAAUUGCCCAAUGCGCUUUACAUUAGCACACAUUUACCCUUUCACACACACCAAUUAUGCUGCUACCAUGCAAGACGCUGUCAACCCAUUAGGGGCAAAUUAGGGUUCAGGGCCUUGCCCAAGAGCAAAUCAACAGUGGGCAGUCAUAGCCGGGAAUCGAACCGCUGACCCUUCGGUCCCAAGAUAGCUGAGCUACCAACUGCGACACAGCCACAUAUCUAUGUAUAGUUUCAAGAAUUUAGACAAGUUUAAGGUGAAGAAGGUCCUAAACGAUUAAUUGGUUAUCAAAAUAGUGGUCGAUUAAUCUGCUAAUUGAUUAGUUUUCGGAUGAGCACAGUAAGCCACUGAGUAUUGCCCCUAAGCCCAUAGUCAGAGGUUGACUUUUGUGGCAGUGGGGCAAAACAUGUUGAUGACCCCCAAAUACGGUGUUAGCAAUAAAAUGAACUUACAAGAUAUAUGCUCGGUCAGUAGCUUGGCCCGUGCUCGUAAAUACAGGCAUCCCAGUUAUGCAUGUGUGGGUGUGGGUGCAUGUGUGAGCGUGUGCAUUUUCUGUGGAGGAGCAGACGCCGAUGUUUGCAUUCCGCGGAGAUAUGCAGUUUUUCCAGUCAUUCACAACCUUGAAUAUGGUGGCUCUAUUGUACAAUUAGCAUCUUUAGUGGACAAUCUGAAACUCAGCUCACGAUUUUGAGGUGCUCUCCGGCGUUUCAUGGUCCACAUCUUCAAUUCUUAAUUCUCGCUCAGUAGUUGAUGCUUUUGAAAGCUUAGGUUAGAAAAAAACUACGUCCUAGGUAGCAGACCGACGUUGAAAAGAUGUUGGAUCAACAUUCCGCUGUCGAUCUUAUAUCGUUGCAGCUUCAAUUAAUGUUGUUUCAACGUUAAAAUCCUUACAAAACCUGAACGUCAUUUCGAUUAGUAUUAACAAUGGAAAAACGCUGAAUCAAUGUUGUUUUCGACCAAACGCCCGCUCAUCCAUAAUUCAAUGACUUUUCAAUCAUAUUUCCUGGUCAAUCAUAAAUCAUAAAAAUGUGACAGUGCCAGUGAAAGCCUUGUGUCUGAGUUGCCUGAUGAGGCCCCUUCACUUGCUCUACACCCCCCCCCCCCCCCACGUGACUCAAAGUGAGCGGCGAUUUGGCUUUUUUUUUAAUUGGCAUAUAUCCAAAAUGAAGAGAAGUUCUCCUUCUGGAAGCGACAAAAGAAAGAAAAAAAAAAAGAAGAGGAGAAAAGGAAGCAAGACAGUGGUGAGUGCACUAAGUUACUAUAGUUUUAUGUCCUCAUGUAGUAGAGCCGGGCACUUUGAGUGUCCUAAAAAGCGCUCUAAUGGACCAAGGCGUUAUUAUUUGGGCUGUCAAAUUUAUCGUGUUAACGGGCGGUAAUUAUAUUUUUAAAUUAAUCACGUUAAAAUAUUUAACACAUGCGCGGGUCGACCCACUCAUGCAUUGCCGCAAACAGACUACAAUGGUGCCAUUUUAUGUAUAUUUAGAGCUAAGAGGCAGAGACAAGCGAGAGGAGUGGCCUCAGUCAUUCAUUAGGGCCGUGCUAUUUAUUGGCAUAAGCUUUGCCAUCUCUUCAACAGCAAUUAUUACUAUAGUGGCGUGCGACGUGGGGUAGAUUGACAGGAGAUAAUGUUUUUCUUAAUACCCUGUAUUGAACACAACGCAGAGAACAUAUACCAGUUGCAACCACCACUGACAGUCAUGGUUACCCAACUUCCCAUCAUGCAUUUGGCCGGAACAGUUAAGUUGCAACAGUAAAGCACAACAAAAAUAAUAUUCCUGGCUUUCUCUCAAAAAAAAAAAUUCACAACAUUAAAAGCGCUCAAUGCAAAGAGAACUGGCAUUCCCAAUCAAAAUAGCUAUGCAAAAUAAUACUCAAACUUUGGUCAGACUCUAUUCAAACAUUUCGUUUAGCUCAACAAAUAGACAAUGGCAAUAUUUAGUCACAAUAUACAAACUAUCAGAGGUCUCGUACAUUGUGACGUCAACACUCAAAUGAACGUAAGGAACAAUGAACCCGGAAACUACGGCGUCAGUCAAGGGGCAAAAUGCACUAGAAAAACUUGGCUAGAUCUCCAAUUAAUUUAAAACUCGCCCUUGACACCUUGUGGUGUAUUUCAAUCACUACCUUCCACAAUAGCGAGCUAUUAGUUUAUUUUUUGAUUGAAUAUUUUACAAAUUUUAUUGAAAUGAAAACAUGCAGAGGGGUUUUAAUAUAAAAUUACUAUAACUUGUACUCACAUUUAUCUUAUAAGAAUUACAAGUCUUUCUAUCCAUGGAUCCCUUUCACAGAAAGAAUGUUAAUAAUGUUAAUGCCAUCUUGUGGAUUUAUCGUUAUAAUAAACAAAUACAGUACUUAUGUACAGUAUGUUAAAUGUAUAUAUCCGUCUUGUCUUAUCUUUCCAGUCCAACAAUAAUUUACAGAAAAAUAUGGCAUAUUUUAUUCAUUUUUUUUCAUUUGACAGCCCUAGUUAUUAUACUUUUAUUAAAUAUGCUAUUGCUCCGAGUCCAACUGUCCCCCUUACUUGGACACGCUCGAAGGGCCCCAUGUUGCUUGUUGCCUGGGGUCCCCGGGGACCCUUGCUACGCCUCUGAGCCCGCCUACUGCCCAUAGUUAGCUUGGAUUGGCUCCAGCACCCUGGUGACCCUGGUGAGGAUAAGCGGCUCGGGAAAUGAAUGAAUAGAUAAAAAAAAUGAUCUUUUCAUUUAUAUUUUAGGCGCAUUUAAUCCUAAAUUCAAGUACUGUAAACCGCCGAGCGUCUCCCCUACCAAGAUGGCCGCCAAGUACUCAAUAGUACUGUAUUCAUUUCAGUCUCUGUGUAUUUUGGAAGAGCUGAAAAUGGAAGUAGGGCGUGACCCCAAAGCCCCCCUUUGACCCGGGCCUGACCCCUUGAGGACACAGGUGGCGCAACGUCACGAUCACUCGUUCACGCCUUCUUCUGAUUGGUCGAUGAGCUCUGUUCACGUGGAGGACGAGUGGCGGCGGCAGCCGUCGAAGGUGCUCGAAGGCGACUAUUACAUCGGUUGAACGUCGGCUGGCGGGGAGCGUCACCUUGUCGUCGCUCAGGAUGGUCCAAUCUCCGUCAGAACUCCUAGUCAAAUUGGAUUGGAUUUCUAUCACUGUUGAUGGCAGCAAGGCCCCCCCAUGCUAAGCUAAGACGCCAGGCGAGUGUCGAGAUGCCGACGGACAUGGCGCCGUCCCUCUUCCUGUCGCAGGAAGACUUUGCGCACCUGGGUUGUGGACGUAGUCCCGCCCCCCAGAAAACCAAGAAGCAGGUGACCUUCGCCGACCACCUGGGCCUUCCCCUUGCCAGGGUCAAGGUCUUCUCCCGAUUCAAGGACGUCAUCCGCAUCCCCGCCGGUGUUGACCGGCCGGCCCCGGUCUUCCCCCCGCCGGCGUCUGACGACGGGACGUGCGUGCGGCUGGAGACGUGCGUGCUGAUGGAGCAGACGUUGGCGGGCACCGUCAAGGUCAAGAACUUGUCCUACGAGAAGCGCGUGGCGCUGCGCGUCACCUUCGACGCGUGGGAGAGUCAUUCGGACGUGGACUGCGAGUACGCGGGCAGCGACGGCAACUCCUUUGACACCUUUGCCUUUAGACUGGUCCUGCCAGCGGGCCGGCGGCCUGAGUUCGCUGUCCGCUACCGGGUGGCCGGCACCGAGUACUGGGACAGCAACCGCGGACGCAACUACCGCCCGGUCCCGGCCGUGGACGAGGGGUACCCGCGGCGGGACCGGGACCCGGGGGAGCUGACGCCUGAGUGGCCCGCCUACGCCGGCUACGAGAACGUCGGACCCUACUACUGACUGAAUGGUUUCCGUCCGAAUAAAGACAAAAUGUGUGUCGAUGAGGCCGCUAUUCUCAUGCCUUUGAUUGGAUGCGAACAAUUGACUGUCACAAGACUGAGGGGUUUCCUUUUACAGUAAGGCUUUUCCACCACCGAACCCCAAAAAUGUUUAUUUUCCUCAAAAAAAGAACAUGUACAGUAAGGCUUUUUUUUUUAACAAAACAUCCAUGUAUUAUAAGACGUUUAUUUUUCUAUGUCCACAAAUAGCCCUGUAUCGUCAACAACCGCCCCCUCCUUAAAAACGGGUUAGGGUUGGUCUCAUAGUCCAUAUUUGUAGUCAAUUUGUAGUUUAUGUAGAAGUAUGCAUAGGUUUGUUGAGUGUGCAUAUUUGUAGUUGAUCAAGUAGCAUGUAUGCAGCUACAGUUUCAUUGUAGUCAAUUUGUAGUUUUUUAUGUGGUGCUGCGAAGAAAGUCAUCUCUCUUGGAGCGUCCUGACGCCUGCCCCAACCUCCGGUUCUUCCCUGGCCGCCAACAAUGCGCCUUUUUCUGAUUUCCCACCUCCUUGUUCUUAUGCUGCCUGCUGCUGCUGCUCCUUUUCCCCAGGCAACGACUCCUCUUGCGAGUCCUGAUCCGUUUUUUUUUUUUUUUAGUUCGGGCGGCGGAUUCUCAUUAAGAGAGGCGACCAGAGCGGCCAUGAUAUCCCUUUUCUCACCUUCACAGCGCCCUUUUCUCUCCUCAAAACGACUCACUCACUAGUCAAGCCCGGUAGUUUUUUUUUAAAAGUCUGUCAAGUUCAAACCACAAUCCUUGGGUAGACAUUUAUAAUAUUACCAGAAAUAAGGACAGAAGGCACUCAGUUUUUGUUUUCUUGCGCAAGGAGAACAGGAGGGACUAGACAGUGAAAUGCUAGAUUACACUAUACGGUCACCAAAGUUGUUCUAAACUAAACCCUCCUGCACCCUUUCUUUUUAUUUAGAGGUUGGCCCUAGCAACAGAUGGGUGUCUCCCUUAAAGGGAAGGGAAAGCAAGCUGGAGACACCCCUUGGACUUGUUUGUAUGUGUGUGCUGACUAUGUGUGUGUGCAUUUAGGUUUACGUACAUAUGUGCUAAUACAUUUCAUGAUGCAAUGGCGUCUAAGUAAAAACGGCACAUCAUCCUUGAUUUCUUAAAUGUACCAGACAGUCUAAUUUGCUAAUGUCUGCUUGUCCUGGAAGAUGACCUGUGGAACUCAGACCGGCCUAAACCGGUCUAAAAGGCAAGGCAGUUUUCAUCAUGCGUUACACAUCUCUGGCGUAAUCAAACACUGUAAUAUUACUUCAAACAUUUCCUAUUCUAGCAAGAAUAUAUCAUUAACUAUGAUUAUAUUGGUUAAAUGAACUGAAAUCAAAUGAUUAUAUUGGUUAUAUAUGAGCACAAGCAAUUA